UUUGAGCAACAUGGUUUCAGACAAAUUUUAUCUAUUUGGCAUCGGCAAGAACAACUCUAAUAAACUCCCAGGGAAAAGCGAAUGGAAGAUAUUUAACGACACGAACAGUUCCUCUUCAAACUCCACAUCAUCCAACAGACCGCCCCAUGAUGACUGGGCUAACACACUGAAAUGUAAACACGCUAGUUACAGUUCCAUCGGCUCUUCAGCCUCCUCCUGUUCAUCUAUAAAGAUUCCCUCAAACAACGAGUACUACGUACUCCACAAACGAGCCUACAAGCAAGAGGUCCAGGCUAACAAAGAGAACAAGACCCGUUUCCCUACCACCACUGGUCUUGAUACCGGAUUCGACUUCAGAAAUAAUAACAGAGAUACAAACACUCGAGCCAGAAGCAAAACAACCAGUUCAGCGCACGCCUCUAAUACAUCCUCCACAUCCUCCACCCUGAAAACAGGCUUCCAAACGAGUUACGUGCCGUACAAUUCAUCAGACAAGAGGACUCCACUCGACAAAUUCAAAGCCAAUCAAGGAGACGUACUUAUGGACUGGGUUGCUAAAAUGGACCCAUGAAUACCCACACACUAACGCGUGGCUUCUCACGCGUGACGUCACGUGAUAUGAGAUGUAUUCGUGACGUCAUGUUGUGAGGGUCGUGAUGUGAUGUUCCAGGCAAAGGUUUCAGUUACGUAAAACACGUCGGCUCAGACGCAGCCACCAAAUGAAAAGACUUGAUUGACACAGAGGACUUUGUAUUUACUAUGUGCAGCCUGCCGUUGUUUUUUUUUUUCGUACGUUUAAUUCUCGUGAUGAGGAAACUGUAAGUACAUAGAUUGCUGAGUUGUAAGCAGUGAAUGUUGGGCCGCAUAUUUAAGUGCAUUAACAGGCUGAUUUUAAGAUAUGUUUUAUGAAUAUUAUUAUCAUGGUGAUAAAAUCAUCCCAAAUUGAAUUUGAGAUGAGACAAAAAAUUCUUUGACCGUUUUGUAUAUCAGUGAUUAUCAAAGCUAGGUAUUUCAGCCAACUUCCAAAAAAAUCACAUCGAUAUUUUCUUUGAUUAUCGUUUCCGGAUCAUCAAAGGAUGAUCAGAUCCCUUUUUGGCUGGAAUAGCUAGGCUUAAUCCGUGCACCAAGUGCCACGAGUUUAAUUAUUUAGACUAUUAUGUCUUCGACGUAUUUACUCGUCACGCUCUCAGUUCGUCUUCCGACCUCAAAUUUUGCAGAUCUUGCAGACGCGGGUUAUAAAAAGUUUUCUCACUUUAAUUUGGGGUAGAUUCCUAAAAAUCUGCCCCAAAAACUAAAAGUAAUAAUAAAAUGACACUGUGUUGAACUGGGAGCUGGUCGAGUAUAUUAAAUCUGCGUGAAGCCGUAGUACAUACAUAUAACAUUACACUGGAUCGAGCUUACACAGUGUAAUUUCCUCCAGUCUGCGCCGCGCGCCUAUAUGAACGUAUGCGGCGCAGACUGGAGGAAAUUACACUGUGUAAGCUCGCUCCAGUGUAAUGUAUUAUGUAUGAACCACGGCGUAAAGUGGGUACAGAGCGUUAUGGGGAGGGGGAUUACCAUCGUAAUCUUCCACUUUUCUAUUAAUAAAUGUUCUAUUCGAUAAUCAUUUGUGAGCUGAGAAAGUAAAAACUUUUAAUGUAAAACUUCAUUUUUAAGUGCUCAGUUUGAAGACGUUGAUUUUUGUGUUAAUGGCAUUUGGCAUCCCGAUUUUUUACGAUUUCACUAAGAUAAUGAUUUGAGGAUUAAGAUUAAAAUUCACGUUUGUGUCUGUAAUUUCUCAGUCUCACAUUUUGAUUACAACAACAGUAAAGGGCAACUUUUUGAGAAUGUUUUUGGAUAUGGUUGGGGAAAUAAAAAUCGACCUUGCUUGGUCCCUGAAUUUUUGAUGCGAAUUUUCUAUGUUUAAUGGGAAGUUAAAACGUUUUCGAUAUGAUGAGACUUGAUGAUUAUUCGGCCGGCAGUCGUUGUGUUGUAUUUCGAUUUUUAAUCUUUUACCGUGCGAGCUUAUUGUGACUGAGUCAGUAAGAUUAUAAUUGGCUAAUUGAUGCUAAUUGAUCAGUUGAUAAUAUGCUUAUCGGCCAUAAUUGAAUGCUUGGUUUAACGUGCGAUGAUGUGUUUCUAUUUCGAAAUAAAAGUUUAUACAUUUUGGAGAAAAGGAUUUGUUUGAUUAACACAGUUUAUUAUUGAAAAGAUGUUAAAGCUUUUUCAGCACUGUUUUCACAUUUUGCUGUGACUUUGAGAUUUAAUUAAACAAAUAUUAAAUAUUAUUUAAAUUUAAGAUGACAUUUUACAUUUAACAUAAUAUUGUUGGAAUUUGAUUUCUGAUGACAUUUGGUAGAAAUAA